AUGGUCAAGGUUCACGAGUUGAGACAGAAAACCAAAGCUGAUCUAAUAGCUCAGCUGAAAGACCUUAAAGCUGAACUCUCCUUGCUUCGUGUUGCUAAAGUCACCGGUGGUGCACCCAACAAGCUCUCAAAGAUUAAGGUGGUGAGGUUGUCUAUUGCUCAGGUUUUCACAGUGCUUUGCUCAGGUUUUAGUUUAGUGAUUGUUGUAAUACUGGCAUCAUUGAAGACCGAGAGGGAGAAGAAAAUGGAGACAUAUUUCCCAGUAAGGAAAUAUGCUAUCAAAGCUUAGUGCUAUAGAGCAAUAGUCUCUUCCGAUCCGUAUACAAGUUUUGAUAUUUUCUUGUUGGUGUUAUUAAGUUUUUCUUCAUCAAACCUGAGUUUUCCCUCCUGAAUCUACUAGUA